AUGGAUGCUUUGGUCUUCAAAAUUGUCUUAGAGCUUCUUACUUUUCUUGGUGCUGGCUUCAUUUGUUCUAACAAGCAUGAAGUGGACUCAGCUGUAAAAGUUCUUUCUGCCUUCUACUCGGACACACAGCUCGACGAAGUUAUCUCAAGUCGACUUAUCUAUUCAAACCCAUUCAAAUUCAAAAAGGAUAUCAUUCAUGCUGCGAGAAGUCGAAUAAUCCUUACUACCUUUGAUUCUUGUGAGGAGCUUCUAAAACUUCACACUAUAUGGCCGGAGGCCAAGCUAAUUCUUCGGCUUUCUCUUAGGGGAAUCCUAGAAGAUGCUGAAUUUCCUGAUGGAUUCGGGGCAAACCUGGCUGAAAUAUUUCCCCUUUUAGACAAGGCAUCGCGUUUGGGCAUGGAAGUGAGUUAUUCUUAG